AUGUCUAACCGCACGAAGCGCAAGUUCGACAUCGACCCCACUGCUUCCGAUCCGGAGGACGACGAUUACGACGACGUCGAGCGCGCGCCACCGCAACGUCGCCGCGCCAAUAGGACCCCGGGCACGAAGAAGAAAGGCAGCAAGCGCCAGCGUCGCCUCUACAACGGCUCCGACGUCGACGACGACGACGACGACAUCAUUGAGGACGACUCCUUCACCGACCGCUCCGAGUCUGAGGAGCCCGAGGUCAACCCUGCGACAGGCCGUAGCGUGCGCCGCGCGACCAAGAAGCAAGUCACGUACGAAGAGAGCGAAGAAGACGAGAUAGAAGACACGCCUUCUGAAAGCGACGACGACAGGCCGCGAGCUACAGGGCAACGACGCGCAAAGCCAUCGAUCGAAGAGGUCGAGAAGCCUUCGCUCAUCGUCAAGCUGAAGAUGCCUGAACACGCUGUUGCCCGCAGUUUGCGCACGCGCACGGGCAGCAAAUCCAUCGCGCCUACGCGUGGGAAGACGCCUGAAGUCGCUGGCACGCGGCGUAGUAGCCGCCUCUCGCACGAUGUAGAAGCACCGAUAGUGGCCCUUUCCGACUCUGGGCGACAUGUCAAUGUUGUUCGGGAAGGCACUCGGACGCCCGAGCCAUCGGUUGCCCGCACUACUAGAGGUGGCAAGGGCCCCAAAGUCCAGGCGCCCAGCACCAUUGAAGAAGCCUCCCAGGAAGUUUCCAUGAUCCGCGACGAGGGCGAAGAAGACAGUCCGGGCCCACUCGACAAGCUCCUUGCCGGAGAAAUGCAGGUAGAAUCCAGCGCAAGGGAGUCACCAGAACAGGAGGCCCAAGGAACCAAGGAGGAGGAAGCGGAAAACGAUGAGGGCAUGGAAGGCGUCAUCCAAGAGUCCCAGCACAACCGUGCCGCAGAGGACUCUGAUGAAGAAGAAGGACCCAUCACGCGUGGCGGUCGCAAUUUGCGGUCGCGAGCGACAUCGCAGAAACGUAAGAGGGGCGCCGAGGAAAGCAGCGACUUCGAGCCAGUUGAUGUUGACGCUGAAGGAGAGGAGGAGGAGAUGUCUGAUUCAGACAACGGCAAAGGCAAAGGCACAGCUUCUGAGAGCGCCUCAGGCUCCGCACGCAAAUCGAACCGCACUAGAGGCCGGACACGACAGUCUCAGCGAAGCAGGCGCAACUCAUCUGAAGAAGAGUCUGCACUGGACGACGACGAACUACAAGACGAGCUGCAAGAACUCGGCUCGAACAAGCGUCGUCGGCUCAGUAGACGCGUGCCGGACAAGGAUCUAUCUUACGAGACAGGUCCUAGACGUCGCGAGCGCCGUACUGUCGAUUAUAGAGUUGUUCGCCCAGAACUCAACGCGGUCUUCGACAAUGAUGACGAGGACGGGGCAGCACCUGCGAUCAACAAGUCACGUUCCAAGGCAGGUGGUGGAGCGUUUGGAACUCUGUUCAGCAACCAGGGUCCAUUCGGCGGAGGCCAGGUUGGCUUUGGUCAGGACGGUGAUGAUUCCGACAGUAGUGACGAUGAGGUCCAGAAAAUGCCUAGAGCUUUCGGCAGCAUGGUCGGGAUGACACCCACAGCAGCGACAGCACCAGGAUUCGGAGCUUUCCCGCAGGCUCAUAACAACUCGGCACAACAAGACAAAGGUUCCGGUGGUGGUCCAGCGAAUUUUGGCAAGAUCAAAGACAAAAAGGCCCUCGCUGAUGCCGAUCCGUUGGGUGUCGAUCCCAACGUCAAUUUUGAUGGUGUUGGUGGGUUGGAUGAUCACAUCAACAAGCUCAAGGAGAUGAUUAUGCUUCCUUUGCUUUACCCGGAGGUUUUCCAGCGCUUCAAGAUCACUCCACCUCGAGGCGUGCUGUUCCACGGACCUCCAGGUACUGGUAAAACAUUGCUUGCGCGCGCUUUGGCCUCCAGUGUCAGCUCCCAUGGCCAGAAGGUCACUUUCUACAUGCGCAAGGGCGCCGACGCUCUCAGCAAAUGGGUGGGAGAAGCUGAAAAGCAGCUCCGCACUCUCUUCGAGGAAGCUCGCAAGACGCAGCCCAGUAUCAUCUUCUUCGACGAAAUCGAUGGUCUAGCACCUGUCCGAUCCAGCAAGCAGGAGCAGAUACACGCCUCCAUCGUUGCAACACUGCUUGCCCUCAUGGACGGUAUGGAUGGUCGUGGGCAAGUUGUCGUCAUCGGCGCAACCAAUCGUCCCGACUCGGUCGACAAUGCUCUGCGACGCCCUGGUCGGUUCGAUCGUGAAUUCUACUUUCCUUUGCCCAACGUUGUAGGACGACGUGCUAUCCUCGACAUCCACACCAAGAACUGGGACCCACCGCUUGAUCCUAAGAUGAAAGAUCAGCUUGCGGAAUUGACCAAGGGCUAUGGUGGUGCCGAUCUUCGCGCUCUUUGUACGGAAGCAGCUCUGAAUGCAGUGCAAGGCACCUACCCGCAGAUUUAUCAGUCCGAAAAGAAAUUGCUCAUUCAUCCCAGUGAGAUCAAGGUUCUCGCUAAGGACUUCAUGGUAUCAGUGAACAAAAUGGUGCCUUCCUCACAACGAACAGCCAUGGCGGCAGCAGCUCCGCUUCCCAAGAGCAUAGAGCCGUUAUUACGAAGGCCUCUUGCAGGGAUCAUCAAACGCAUCGACGAACUCAUUCCUCGCAGGAAGCCGCUCACCGCGCUGGAAGAGGCAGAGUAUGACGAUCGUGAGGACGAGAAGGGAUUCGAGCGCGAAACCACUAUGCGCAACUUUGAAAGCAGCAGGAUCUUCAGGCCUCGUCUCCUCAUCACCGGCUUGCAAGGCAUGGGUCAACAAUAUCUGGGAGCUGCACUGCUCAGCAAGAUUGAGGGUCUCCACGUUCAGUCUUUCGAUCUGCCGACCAUCUUGGAAGACUCCGCACGAUCUCCUGAAGCUGCCAUCACGCAACUUUUCACGGAAGUUCGACGUCACAAGCCCAGUGUCAUAUACAUCCCGGCCGUGGACGUAUGGUAUAACACGCUGCCUCCAGCCGCUAUAAAGACCUUCAAACUUCUCCUGCGUAGCAUCGGUGCCAACGAACCGAUUAUGCUGUUAGGUGUCAUGGAGCUUGAGAAUGUCGAGACCAAACCCGAUCGACAAAUGCUGGUUGAUCUCUUUGGUUUCUCCCUCAGUAACCAAUUCGAGCUGAACCGACCGGACCAAGAAGGACGUUCUGAAUUUUUCAACUCCGUUAGCGAAUACAUCCGCAUGUCUCCUGUCGACUUUCCAGAUCUCGAGAACAGAAAGAAACGAGUGCUCCCUGUUCUGGAACCUGCGCCUAUCGUUGAGCCGGUUCUGGAUCCGAAGGAAAUCGCUGCGCGAGAAAAGAUGCAAAGGAAGCAAGACCAAUUGACACUGAACAAGUUGAAGAGCACCAUUCAACCAAUCAUGGACAACCUGAAGAAGAAACACAGAAGGUUCUUCAAGCCGGUUCUGGACCCAAGCUGGUAUGCGUACCUUAUCGAGGAGCAAAAUCCCAACCGUGUCACCAGUGAUUUGAGCCGGGAACAGCGAGAGGCAGAAGGUAUGACUCGACCUUGGGAGAUGUCGAAGGACAACAAGGGUGUAGGCGUGUUGCUGCACGUCGAGAGCGGCAACAAAUACUACAACCUCGACCUAUCACAAAUUGAGCAACGGCUUUCAAACGGGUACUACAAACGCCCCAAGGAUUUCUUGUUCGACAUCAAAACUCUGGCUAAGGACUCGAAAACAUAUCAAGAUGCAGAGCGAACGCUCAAAGCCAACGAGAUGGUUGCGAACGUGGAAGUGGAUAUAGAUUCUUGGUUUACCGGCAAGGAUGCCCAAUAUUUGUGGCUAACACAGGAGUGCGAUGCCCUGUAUGAGCGUGAGCUGCAGCGAGCAAAGAGAGCACAGGAAAAGCGCAACCAAGCGAUCGCAGAAGGCCAAGAGGUGCCUCCCGAGGUCCCCAUGGUACCGCCUGAGCAGUCCCACGGGACAACAGAGACUUCAGGCCCUAUCGUAUUGGGUGAGCCUAUACCUCGAUUUCCUCCUGUCACGCCAUUACGUCCGCCUCAUGACGGAUCACUAUCGAACGGUACAGGAGGCAGCGGUGAGCAUUCACACCAAAACGGAUCGACGGUGCCAUCUCAUGUGGCAGACGAAGACUUGCAUAUGCCGGACAGCCAACAAGACAUCACUGCCAGCACACAAGCCGAUCUCCAGUUCCAGACACCCAGCAAGCCUAACACACAGAUGACACAGAAGUCGCAAGUCUCCGCUCGAACCUUCGUCAACCCGAACAUGCUGCCCCAUGACUAUUAUAACAGUGCCAGCACCACUACAUCUGGCAAUCAGACCUCGAAACGUUCCUCCGAUAACAAGUUCGGUACCCAGAGCAGCAAUGGUGUCAGCCAUGUUGGCUUACCAGAGUUCAUUGCGCCGGCCGGUGGGUCACAGCUUCCAGACACACAAGAACAACAAUUCAUCAGCAGCCAACCAUCUGGAUCGCCGCCAUCGCAAACUUCUCAGCCCUCGCAAUCAUCGCAGAUGCCUGCGCCAGCUCCUCCAGCACAUAAGUCGAACAUCGUCGACAUACUUGCCGAGCCCCAGCCCGAGCCUCAACUCAUUCUUGAAGAGAGCUCCCUUGUACAGCUUCACGGAAAGCUCGUCACGGCAUCAUCAGGAUGCUCGCUCGAGCAACUGGAACAAGUCAAUGCCGCGCUCAUGGAGACCAUCUGGCAGCACCGCAGAGAGUACAACCGCAACAAGGUCAUCAACGCUGUUGCUGAUGCGUUCAACGUCAUCAUUGAGGAUAUUGAUACCAUGCAGAAGAUUCUCAAGCAAAGCCAAGAAUACGAGGACGAGCAGCAGCAGAUACAGUAUGAGUUUGACGCAAGCCAGGCCGGGGCCUACACACAGCUGCCUAGAAGUGAUUACUACAGUCGAACGCAGAUGGCUACGCAGAUAUAG